UUAUCCCACUUCCACUUAUUGCGGAAGGCAUUUACUUUCUCUCUUGUGCUCGCUCUUUAAAAUAUUCUCAUUUUAGUGUUCCGUGUUGUGUCCGUAGUAAAACAAAAUAAAUUGGUGAGAGCGCAGUUCAGCCGUGUUUGGGAUUUGUUUGCCCGAGAGACCUAGGUUGCGUAUUGUGUAAUGAUGGUUCAAGUGUUAAAUAAUACUGACUGGGACAUGAGGCGAUCGUAGAACGGUUAGAAGGAUCUGCCAGUAACAUUUUAUGUAAUAAACAUGAAGUCCUAAUACGAAUGUUCAGAACUUAGUGGUGAAGCGACAACACAAACUCUUCCACUAAUUUUCGAGGGAAAUCAACACUUAUUGAUCUGCGCGGACCAAACGCACCAACUAAACAAGACUGAUUUUAUACACAUUCCUAUGAGCCGGCACCAUGUUCAAGCUGCUCGGUGGUCUGAGCGUGUACUUCAAGUACCAGCCGAUCAAGACUGACAAUGCCGUCUUCCGCCUCCACAACAUCUUCACCACGGUGCUGCUGCUCACCUGCUCCGUGAUCAUCACGGCCACGCAGUACGUGGGCCAGCCGAUACAGUGCAUCGUGGGCGGCGGGCUGCCCGCCAACGUGGUCAACACGUUCUGCUGGAUCACGUCGACGUUUACGAUGCCCGAUGCGUUUGCUAGAGAGGUGGGCAAGCAGGUGGCGCAUCCUGGCGUCAUGAACGAGUACGACAGCUCCCAGGACAAGAAGUACUACACAUACUACCAGUGGGUCUGCUUCGUGUUGUUCUUCCAGGCCAUAAUGUGCUACACUCCCAAAUACUUGUGGGACGCGUUCGAGGGUGGCCUCUUGCGGACGAUAGUCAUGGGCCUGAACAUCGGCGUGUGCCAGGCCAAGGAGAAAGAGCAGAAGAAGGAAGCCAUCAUCUGCUACCUCAUGAGGUAUGAGCGGUCGCACAAGCUGUACGCGCUGCGGUACUGGGGCUGCGAGCUGCUGUGCCUGGUCAACGUGGUGCUACAGCUGUGGAUGAUGGACAGCUUCUUCGGCGGGGAGUUCUUCUCGUAUGGGACCAGAGUGCUGGGGUACAGUGAUGUGCCGCAGGAGGAGAGAUACGACCCCAUGAUCUACGUGUUUCCGCGCGUGACGAAGUGCACCUUCCAUAAGUACGGCCCGUCCGGCUCUAUACAGACGCACGAUAGCCUGUGCGUGCUGCCGCUCAAUAUCGUCAACGAGAAGACCUACGUGUUCCUGUGGUUCUGGUACAUCAUACUAGCGUGCAUCCUGCUCAUGCUCGUUAUAUAUAGGCUAGUGAUAAUCUUCGUGCCGUCUGUCCGGGCGCGACUGCUGCAGGCGCGGUCGCGGUCGCUGGCGCUGGAGACGGCGGCGGCGGUGUCGCGCCGCACCGACCUCGGCGACUGGUGGCUGCUGUACAUGCUGGCGCGGAACAUAGACCCGCUCAUAUACAAAGAGCUGAUAAUGGAGUACGUGAAGCAGACGAGCGAGAAGGGGCGGUUCGCGUGACAGUCGGUCGCCGUGCUGCCCGUGUGACGUGUCAGCGUGACGUCACACAUACCUACUCUUACAUACUCCUGCACAUAUCUGAGCGCCUGGUACUUUUGAUUAUGGAAUUGAGCGAUUCUAAGUUUAAAUUUCUUUUUCUCUUGUCCAGCGAACUGCGAGAACUCUGCAAAACCAAUGCGAAACAGCAAUAGAGCGAGAUGCAAUAUAACGCACUGUCGUGUAGCGGAUGAGACAGUAAAUCGGUUCGCCGUUGUUUCGCAGUUCGCAGCGUCGGUGGACUAGAGGCGUAAAUAGGACAAAUGAAACAAAUAGGUAUGACGAUUUACCUACCUUGGUUGUAGAAUAUUAUUAUGUGAAGUAAUAAGUUUCGAAAACGACAUUUUGUUGAUUUUAUACACUCAAUGCAUUAAGGGGGCGACUAACCCUAAAGUAUCGAUUUUAUAAUUCAU